AUGUUAGAUGAUAAUAGGGAAAAAUGUGACAAGAAUGAUUCAGUUAAAAAUGUAUUUUCACUAUUUUCCCUUACUAGUAAUAUAGAGGAAAAGGUUAUCAAAUUUUGGCCAUUAAAAUUUAAGGAUAAAGAGGAAGAGUUGCUAUAUAUAGUUAAAAUAUGUGAUAAUAUAUAUAAAAAAAGAUUUUUUAUUUUGAUUUCUCAUAUGAGUUCUCUCUUAUUUAUGUAUUCAAUUUGUUUAAUUGUUGGAAGAAUUAAUGAUUUAUUUUCAAUAUUAAGAUGGACAUUUAUGUUUUUACAUAUAUUUGUCGCACUUAACAUCAUAAUGAUUAUAAUUUUACACUACACACAUUACAUAGAAAAGUUUAAAACAUUAAGAGGAAAAAUUUUUGUAAUUUUCAGUAUUUUUGCGCUUAUCUUAUGGUGUUCAUGGCUAUUUAUAUUAUUCAGUGAUGUAAAGGAGCAUUUGCCUGUUGUUGUAAAUGUAAAUAAUUUUUUAUAUGCAACAUACACGCAUAAUAAAAUAAAUGUUGUUUUAUGUUUUUUCGCAUAUAUCCCUAUUAUCUAUUUAAUUACAGUAUUACCUUGCAGAAUAUGUUACUCUUAUAUCUUUGAUUUACUGUUUUUCAUAAUGAAAAUAGCUAUUUACUCUUUUUUCUAUAUUAUAACAAUAAAAAAUUAUAUUCUAAUAGACAAUAUUUUUAUGAUAGCGUCAUCAUUAAUAGGGAGUAUCUUUAUAUUUAUGAUAAGAUAUAUCAUUGAAAUUCAAAGAAGAUUAUCAUUUCACAAUUGGAAUAAGCAAAUAAAACAAAUUAUAAAAUUAAAAAUAAACUUAAAAGAAGAAAAAGAAAAAUUGUCGUUAACAAAUAUUGAAGAAAUCUUUAUUAUAAUUAAUAAUUGUAUAGGAAAUUUUAACAGUACAAAUCUGAACCCUGAAGAUAAAAAUUUCUGCAUUGUGAAUAAUUUAAAAAAAAUUUUAAAUAUUUUAAAAGAAGACAAUUUAUUUUCACCAGAUAGAAAUUUAAUAAACAAAAAAAACUAUAAUCAUAUAUAUGAUUAUCUAAUGGGUAUAAAAAAAAAUAAAGCUACGUUAGAAAAUAUGGAAGAAUUCAAAGAUGAAUCAGAAAUAGAAUCAUUGAUAGAAUCAGUAUCGGAAACAAGAUCAAAAUUAAAAUUAGAUUUACAAUCUAAAUCAUUUUCAAAAAUCGAUGAGAUGAAAAGCUUUAAAAGUGACUUUGAGAUAAACAUGAAUUCUGAAAAUUUAAACAUGAACACAUGGAAUACUAUGUUUUUAAAUCAAAAAACAGUAAAUGAUGAUAUAUUCAUUCAAAUAGGGAAUCAUUUAUUACAUAAAUAUUAUACUUCUAGUAAAAAUAUACCAAAUGAAAUAUUAUGUUCAUUACUUCAUGAAAUGAAAAGUGGAUAUAACGAUGUACCUUAUCAUAAUAGUAUUCAUGCAGCAAUGGUAACACAGCAAUGUAAUAUUUUAGUAAACAAUUUAGAAACGGCAAAUAUACUACAAGAUAAUGAAAUGGCUGCUUUUUUUGUGGCUUCUUUAGGACAUGAUAUUGGGCAUUUUGGAAGAACAAAUAUUUUUCUUAAGAAUUGCUCAAACUUUUUAAGCAUAAUUUAUAAUGAUAAAUCUAUUUUAGAGAAUUAUCAUUGUUCUUAUUUAUUUCAUAUAUUACUUAAAGAAAAAAAUAACAUUUUUAAAAAUGAAAACUCCAGAACAUUAAUAACUCUUAGGCAACAAAUAAUAGAAUUAAUAUUGGCAACUGAUAUGAGUAAACAUAUAAAAAUAUUAGCUCAGUUUAGAAUUAAAUCAAUUAAAAUGAAGUCAUAUAUUGAAAAAAAUAUUGUUCUAUGUUUAAAAAUGAUAAUAAAGGCUGCUGAUUUAUCUCAUAAUUGUGUUGAUUGGAGUGAACACUAUUUAUGGGUGAAACGAUUAGUAAAUGAGUUUUAUUUUGAAGGUGAUGAAGAGUUAGAAAGAGGCAAUCAAAUUCAUCCUUUAUUUGAUAGAAGAUGUCAUGAUAAUUUUAUACAAAUUCAAAGAACAUUUUUGAAAGAAUUAGUUUAUCCUUUAGUAAUUUCACUUAAAACAUUAGACAAGAGUACUAUUACACAAUGUAUGAUUGAAAAAGUGAAAAGAAAUUAUUCUAAAUGGACUAAAAUAGAAAAAAAUAGUAUAAAAAAAAAAAAAUAUUUAAAUGAAUUAUUAUGUAAUAUACCUGAAUCAUGGAAAAAUUAUUAUAAACCUAAUUUAGAUAUUUAUCAAUUAGAAAAAUGCAAAUAA